AGUUCCUAUAUCUUUGCUAGAAAUUGAAAAUUCCAAUAGCCCCUAAUCCCAAUAACCUCGGAAUGUCGGAAAUGGCGAGUGACGAGGAAGAAAAUAUCAUUCCUUUCCAGCUCCAGUUCGACAAGCCCAUACCUUUUCAGAUUAAGAUAGCUGAGUGGAAUCCGGAGAAGGAUUUACUGGCAAUGGUUACUGAGGACUCAAAGAUUUUGCUGCAUCGCUUCAAUUGGCAGAGAUUAUGGACUAUUUCUCCUGGAAAGCCUGUUACUUCUUUAUGUUGGCGUCCUGAUGGUAAAGCCAUAGCUGUUGGGCUCGAGGAUGGAACCAUUGCGCUUCACGACGUUGAGGCAAUCAAAACGGAAAAAGAUCAUGCUUUUCAGAAAGUGGUUAUUACUCUUUUCAUACAGAACGGGAAGCUAUUAAGGAGCUUGAAGCCUCACUCUGUAGCUGUCGUCUGUCUUAACUGGGAGGAAGAUGGACAAUCCAAUACCGAUGAAAGUGGUAAUUUCUCUGUUUAUGAGGAUCGCACCUCCCGUUUUUUCCCUCCUGCUCCAAGAGCUCCGAAGAUGCCUGGACUGGUAGCUGGUGACUCCAGUUUCAUGGAUGACGGUGAAGACUCUUUGGCAGAACUAUCCAAUACCUCAUUCCGGAAGUUUAACAUUCUUUGCAGUGGUGACCGUGAUGGGAGCAUAUGCUUCAGUAUAUUUGGAAUAUUUCAGAUAGGGAAGAUUAACAUACACGAGCUGUCUGUUCCUGUGCCCCAUCUGGAUGAGCAUGCCUCUUGCAAACUAUUUAAUGCUUCUAUUUACAAGGUUGCUUUGUCGAAAGACCUCUGCCGUCUGGUAGUAAUGUGCACAGGAGAGCUUAGGGAUUGUGCUGCAAAGCCAAGAGAGGAAAAAUUAAAUGUUCAAGAUCUGCCUGGUUUACAUUGCCUUGCAAUGGACACAUCUAUAUUUUGGAAGAGGAAAUAUGAGCUUCAUCAGGUUGCUCAACAAGCUUCUAACAUUGAAGAUUUGACUGAGGUUAUUCGAGCAUCCCUGUCAGUUAUGAGCAAACAAUGGGCGGAUGCAAUGAAAACUUUUCAUGACAAGUUUCAUUCUCUUUCCACGUUGAUCAUUGAUAAUGGACUGGAAUCAUCUCCUCAAGAAGAAUUUCUUAGCCUUUUGGGUGGUGCACGGAUAAGUCCAGCGCUUAAUCAGUUUUUAGUUAACUCUCUUGGUGAAGUGGGUGUGAAGCGCGUUUUAAAGUCAGUAUGUGGUACAGGAAAAGAGCUUCAGCAGAUUGUCCUUGACCAUCUUCAGCCUGCAGCAGAAAUUAUAGGAUUCAGGAUGGGUGAAUUAAGAGGUCUAUCGAGGUGGCGUGCACGUUACCAAGGCAUUGGUUUGGAUGAGAUACUCCUUAAUGAAGCCACUGAAAAUACUGGUCUUCUACUUGUACAAGUGCAACGGUUUAUGAUGGUACUAUCUUCUGUUGUCCAACAGUUUUCAAAUUUCUUCAACUGGCUCGUCAGAAGCAUAAAGUAUCUUAUGCAAGAACCAAAUGAUCAGCUUUUGUCAUACAACAGUGAACUCCUUGUGGUAUUCUUGAAGUUCUUAUAUGAUCAAGAUCCUGUGAAAGACCUCUUGGAGCCAUCUGAAGCUGGUGAUGACAUUGAAAUUGAUCUCAAAACCAUAGGAAGAGUCAAAGAGUUACUUCAGUUUGGAGGGUUUUCAGAGUGUGACUUUCUGCAGAGGACAUUGGCUAAGGAAUUCCAACAUAUGGAGUCUAGCUUCAAGAUGGCUCUUCAAAUGCCCUUUACAACAAUAUCAAGAAAGAUAUCAUGUAUGAAGUUGUUGCCGCUUUGCCCUCUUCAGUUGUCAACAACGCAAACUCCUCCCACAAUUCCCAUGUCUCUUUCCUUCUAUAAGAAUGAACUUUCUGAUGAUUCACCUUGUCAAAGUGGGUACACUGAUUACAUAUCUUUUCAAGUCACCAAUGAAACCUUCCCCGAGAUUCCGAACUGUAUUGGCAUAGCUAAGGGUUUUAAGCAGAACUCCAACAAUGAGAAAAAUGGUUAUACUUCUCUGGAAGCUGUUUUGUUAUCUGUACCUAACGGCCACACUUGUGUUGAUUUGUCUCUCUACAAGGAUAAAGAACUGGUUCUAUUAUUGAAUAAGACAAGUGAAAAUUCUGAAGGCUCGGGAGAAGCAUGCAUGAUGGUUGUACAAACUGGUGACCUUCCAUUCAUUUCCAUUUCAAGAUCUAGUUCUCUAAACCAGUGGGAGCUAGAGGAUUUGAAGGACUCGAUUGUUAACCUGGAAAUGGAGAAUGAAAAGGUUCGCAAAGUUCCACAUUCUGUCAUUGCUCCUCUAGCAGUAAGCGCUUCAAGAGGAGUGGCUUGUGUUUUUGCUGAAAGAAGACGAGCUCUGGUGUACAUAUUGGAAGAAGAUGAAGACGAAGAAAUCUCUGAUGACAACUCAGCCACUCGCCAGGUUAAGCGCGUGGUUGUCACUUUCCCUUUGAUCAGACAAAGCCGUACAAAAGUCAGCUUUGGUCGAUCUUUAUUCUUAGCUCAACUAAGGAAGCAAGGCGAAACUCUCUCUCUCUCUCUCUCUCUAAGUUCGUCACCGUCACGGAGGUUGUCUUGUCUUAUGGAGAAUGAUCAAAUGAUAUCUCCGACUGAUAUAAUCACCGGCAUAGUGUUUAUUGACGGUGAAUUGGCUAUGUUGACUUUGACUGCCGACGGGGAGCUACGGUGGACAGAGUACGGACUCCGGCAGCAGUUGUCGAUGAAGAAGGAUGUUAUUGGUUUCGUCGUCGAAGGUAAGCGGAUUAGAGUAAAGGUCGUGGUUGAGAAAGAGGCAGGAAUCUGCUGCGGACAAUUUGAUGGAGAUUUCGUGAGGAAAGAUUUCGUCUUUGAGCCUCUCAUCGAUCAAAAUGGAUGGUGCUUUAAGCUACGUCAAUACCUUGAUUCUCUCGGUCGGCCAAAGAGAUUACUUGUAUUUGUGAACCCGUUUGGCGGGAAGAAAUCGGCGAGAGAGAUUUUUGUUAAGGAAGUGAAGCCGUUGUUUGAAGAUGCUGAUGUUCAACUUGAGAUUCAAGAAACCAAGUAUCAGUUGCAUGCAAAGGAAUUUGUUAAGUCCAUGGAUGUAUCAAAAUAUGAUGGUAUUGUUUGUGUCAGCGGCGAUGGUGUCCUUGUUGAGGUUGUAAAUGGACUACUCGAAAGAGCAGACUGGAGAACUGCCUUGAAUUUGCCGAUCGGAAUGGUCCCUGCAGGAACUGGUAAUGGCAUGAUAAAGUCAUUGUUGGACACGGUUGGGCUUCGAUGCUGUGCAAAUAGUGCUACGAUUUCUAUUAUCCGAGGUCAUAAACGUUCUGUAGAUGUUGCAACUAUUGCACAAGGGAAUACCAAAUUCUUCAGUGUGUUGAUGCUUGCUUGGGUCCAGUUUAUUUCAGGUUUGAUAGCUGAUAUAGACAUUGAGUCAGAGAAGUUCAGAUGGAUGGGAAGUGCUCGCAUUGACUUCUAUGCUCUUCAGAGGAUAAUAUGUUUAAGACAAUACAAUGGACGAAUUUUAUUUCUACCGGCUCCUGGUUUUGAAAGCUAUGGACAGCCAGCCAGUUGCAGUUUAUACAAAGAGCCACCUGUUAGCGAUAAAGAGCUCGGGUACCAAGGACCUGAAACUAAUUUUGAAGAUCUAGAAUGGAGAGAAAUCAAAGGUCCAUUUGUUACUGUAUGGCUUCACAAUGUUCCCUGGGGUGCUGAGAACACUUUGACUGCUCCUGCUGCAAAGUUUUCUGAUGGCUUUCUGGACUUAAUUGUCUUGAAAAACUGCCCUAAGCUUGUCCUGCUCUCACUUAUGAGACAGACGAGUAGUGGAACACAUGUUAAGUCACCCUAUAUAGUGUAUCUAAAGGUGAAGGCAUUUGUGUUGGAGCCGGGUGGACUUGUAGACGAACCAGACAAGGAAGGAAUCAUAGAUUCAGAUGGAGAAGUUUUGGCAAGAGGAAAAAGAACAUAUAACUGUGAUCAAAAGGCUUUGAUGUCUUACGACAAGCUUCAAGUAACAGUUGAUCAAGGUCAAUUUUUAAAUCUUAGCUCUCAUCAACGACGGAACUCCUCUCCCUCCCUCUUGCCUAUGGAUCGUCAGCCGGAGAGGGAGAAUGAUGAACUAUCGUCUCCGGUGAUAAUUUCCGAUCGUGUUCUGGUAAAUGGCGUUGUCACGCCGUUAACUUUGACCGCCGACGGAGAGCUACGAUCGACGGAAUCUGGACGGCGGAAAUCGACGGUGGCGAAAGAAAUCCUGAGUUUCGUCGUGGAAGGUAACAAGGUUAGAGUAAAGACUUUGGUGGAGAGACGAGGAGGAAUUUGCUGUGGAGGAAGUGGUGGAGAUUAUGCGAGGAACGAUUUCGUUUUCGAGCCUCUCUCUGAUGAAUCUAUAAAGCUAUGGUCUGAUAAGCUCCAUCAACACCUCGACUCUCUCGGUCGGCCAAAGAAAUUGCUUGUGUUUGUGAACCCAUUUGGCGGGAAGAAAUCAGCGAGAAAGAUUUUUCAAGAGGAAGUGAAGCCAUUAUUGGAAGAUGCUAAUAUUCAACUUGAGAUUCAAGAAACCAAGUAUCAGUUGCAUGCAAAGGAAAUUGUUAGGUCCAUGGAUGUAUCAAAAUACGAUGGUAUCGUUUGUGUGAGCGGCGACGGCAUCCUUGUUGAGGUUGUAAAUGGACUGCUUGAAAGAGCAGACUGGAAAACUGCCUUAAAGUUGCCGAUCGGAAUGGUCCCUGCAGGAAGUGGUAAUGGCAUGAUUAAAUCUUUGCUGGAACCGGUGGGGCUUCCUUGUAGUGCAACAAGUGCUACUAUUUCGAUAAUCCGAGGUCGCACACGUUCUCUAGAUGUUGCAACUAUCUCACAAGGGACUACCAAAUUCUUCAGUGUCUUGAUGCUUGCUUGGGGUUUAGUGGCUGAUAUAGACAUCGAGUCAGAGAAGUUCAGAUGGAUGGGUAGUGCUCGAUUUGAUAUCUAUGGUCUUCAGAGGAUAAUAAGCUUAAGACAAUACAAUGGACGAAUUCUAUUUGUGCCAGCUCCUGGAUUUGAAAGCUAUGGGCAACGAGCCAGUUGCAGUAUAGAUAAAGAGUCAUCUGGUGGUGAUAGAGCACUCAUAUACCAAGGACCUGAUACUAAACUUGAAGAUCUGGAUUGGAGAGAAUUGAAAGGCCCAUUUGUUUCAGUAUGGCUUCAUAAUGUUCCCUGGGGAGCUGAGAACACUUUGGCUGCUCCUGAUGCAAAGUUUUCUGAUGGCUUCCUGGAUUUGAUUGUCAUGAAAGACUGUCCUAAACUUGCCUUGCUAUCACUUAUGACAAAGUUGAGUGAUGGAACACAUGUUCAAUCACCAUAUGUAUCAUAUCUAAAGGUAAAGGCAUUCGUGCUGGAGCCAGGUGCACGCAUAGACGAACCAGACAAGGAAGGAAUCAUUGAUUCAGAUGGAGAGGUUCUGGCAAGAGGAAGAAAAUCAUACAAAUGUGAUCAAAAGGCUUUGAUGUCUUACGACAAGCUUCAAAUAAGUGUUGAUCAAGAUUUUGCUUCAACCACGAAUGUUUUGAGUUCAAGCUCGACCAUUGCCGUCCUGGUUGGCGUCUCCGUUCUGGCGAUUUCGUCGACCUCUGUGAUCGUUGCGCCUCUGCUUAUGAGCAAGGACAGUUUUGUGACGUAUUUCACCAAAGGGCUUCCGGAUGGAGGUGUUCGAAUUCAUUGUGGAUGUAUUGUUUCUGCAUCUGCUUUUACGUUACUGGAUGCUGGAGGAAUUGAGUGUUUGGCUUGCGCAAGAAAAAAAGUUGCUUUGGGAUCCAAUUUUUUGCCAUCACCGUCCUUUCUUUUCCAAUCUCCAAUUUCUGAGAAAUUCAAGGACUUGUCGAUCAACUGGAGUUCCUCAACUUGGUCAAAUCAGAUAAGCUACCAGCCUCCUAGUUAUUUAGGUCCUUCAGCUCUGCAGUUUGAUUUGCGUAAUCGUGGAGGUAAUAAUGAGUUUAGUCAACCUACUUCUAAAGACAGGGCCACUGCAUGUCCCAUGGACAAAAAAAGGGGAAUGAAUGACAUGAUAGGGAAACUAAUGAAUGAAAACUCGAAACAUUAUAAAGUAUCUCCUUUUCCAAAUGUCAAUGUAUAUCACCCACUGAUCUCAAUAAAGGAGGGUCCAUGUGGAACACAGCUUGCGUUUCCUGUGCCAUGUACAACACCAAUUGAGAAAACUGGUCACUCUAGACUAGAUGGAAAUUUUGAUGUGAAUAAGUCUAUACUAGGUUGUAGAAUAGGGUGGAUAUUAGCCUUCCAGAUAAAUGGUUUUAGAGAUAGAUCUGAAUCCGUUCUCACUCCUCUCUUUGAGAAGAUGCUGAGUGCAAGUGAUACUGGAAUAGUUGGGCGAGUGGUGCUGCCAAAGAAAUGUGCAGAGGCUUUCUUGCCCCAACUUUCCCACACCCAAGGUGUGCCUCUCACAGUACAGGACCCAAUGGGUAAAGAGUGGACAUUUCAGUUUCGCUUUUGGCCCAGCAGGAAUAGCAGAAUAUAUGUUCUAGAGGGAGUAACACCAUUCAUACAGAGCCUGCAGUUGCAGGCUGGUGAUACAGUCAUAUUCAGUCGAUUAGAUCCAGAAAGGAAGUUAAUUUUGGGAUUCAGAAAGGCUUCGGUUACUCAAUCAUCUGAUCAGGCUGAAACGGCUGAUAUGCAUUCACCGUCUAAAGUUAAGAAGUCUGCUUAUAUAACUAAAGAAACCCCAGGAGUAGAAUGUUCCUCCGGUAAGAAGAAAAGCAGCAUGAUGAUUACAAGAAGUAAACGUCAAAAAGUUGAAAAGGGAGACCACAACUUGCUGAAGCUAACAUGGGAAGAAGCUCAAGGAUUUCUCCUGCCUCCUCCCAACCUCACUCCAUCCAGAGUUGUGAUAGAGGAUUAUGAGUUUGAGGAGUAUGAGGAUGCUCCAAUCAUCGGGAAGCCUACUGAUGCUGCAGGAUCAACAUGCACAGAAGUUGAAGGACUGUUGAUAUCACCCACAACUACAAAGCACCCACGACAUAGAAAUGGCUGUACUUGCAUCGUUUGCAUACAAUCCCCAAGUGGGAUAGGUCCUAAACACGACCGACGCUGUUCUUGUGCGGUCUGCGAAACUAAAAAACGCCGUAGGCGUUCUCUGUUGCUACGGAGGGAAAAGAUGCAGAUGGAGAGAGAAGACAAUGUGCCCAAGGAGCUCGAGCAACUGAACUCUGAUAAUGGACUUCACCAAUCUGCUAACAACAGUGAGAAUCAUGAGCGUCAUGAUUCGCCUGAGCGUCAUGCUUCGCCUUUGAAAAGUCAAUUAGAUUUGAACUUCAAACCAGAGAAAGACGAAGAAUCUCUGCCUGGUUCUAACAAAACUACCGAGAACAAGACUUUGCAUCAUGAUGACACAGUGAAUUCUAGCUUCAAGUCACCAAGCUCAUCAAGUGCUCAUAGCCAAAUUAACAAGGAAGAUGAAGGAAAACUCAGGAAAAACACAGAAGUUGCAGACACCACUACAAGCUCCAUGUAGAUUUUGCAGACUACUAUAGCUGCAAGUCGCAGCUAAUGAAAAUGGGCAAUUUAA